ACUAAGCACCAGAGAAUAGAACCUGCUGUGGAAAGGACAGAAAAUUACUUUGAUCCCGGAUGCAAAUAUCACAUUCCAGCUAAUACACCAUACAUCAGGUACUUUAUGAGCUACGUGCUACAAUUCCAGUUCCACAAGGCGGCUUGUGAGGCAGCCGGACAUACGGGACCUUUGCAUACCUGCUCCAUCUACGAGUCUAAAGAAGCGGGAAAGAAGAUCGGGGAUAUGCUGAAGAUAGGGAAAAGCAAGCCUUGGCCGGAAGCCCUCAAAAAACUGACCAGAAGUGAAACACUGGAUGUUGGCGCUCUGUCGGAAUACUUUGAGCCUCUCCGCAAGUGGAUGGUGGAACAGAGGAAAGAGCUGGGGUACACUGAACCCGGAUGGGACGUAGACGUAGAGGCCGGAGUAUCGGCCGUGCUUCCCACACUGUUCAACACUGUCAUGGGUUCUUUGAUUGUGACAGUUGUGCUCUUUUGUUAGAGAUCUUCAAAAGGCCUGGACCUGAGGCCAUGAUCAUUCGUGUGCGUUUUCAGGGUUUUUCCUUUUUUUAAUGUAAGUUGCUUUCGUAAUAAAUCAGCAAUUGAAAUUGUCAUUAAUUGCUUUUCUUUUUAGUUUAUCGAUAAUCGUCUAAGGUUCCUUUACAGUGCAGCUUUCGAACAAAAAAGUCGCCGUCAAACCAAACUUUGCCAUACAUAAUGAUAAAAAACGAGGUUUCCUUUUCCUUAUGCAAGUACCAGCUUUGAUAAAAAACAUUAACAAUCGCCUCGAAUCGUAAUUUUGAAAGCUGUCUGUCGAUUCAUUGUUUGCUCCGUUGCAAAUUUUCCGGUUUUUACAUUUUUGCCGUAGGUUUUUCCUUUGCCUUUGGCAACUUUGCUCAUUUUUGUGUUUUCCUCCUCAACG